UAAACAGGAAUACUUUGACGAAUUCCACAUCAUUUAAAAAUGACCUUGGCCUUUAAGAUACACGCUGUGAAAAAGUAAGAGAUUCCAUGCCAUGGGCGCUCUCUGCAAUAAGAGAUUGUUCUUUCUCUGUGUAAAUGCAACACAUGUUUUCCAGUUCGCCUGUUUGUUUUUCGUCGGGCAAUGUGUUUGUUUGGUGGUAUGUCGGUGUGCAUACGUGCAUUGAACCUGGUUUCCAACUAAGCAAAAUUUGUAAUGACGCUGCAAUCUCUGUAUAGUUUAUUCAGUAUUUUGAGAGCUGUCGUCACUGCCUGUCAUUCUCUUGAACAAAAUGAGAUUCCUGCUAUUCCUGACGAUUAUUAUACAAGUUCUAAACAAUUCCAUUGGGAUUUUCGAUGAAUUCAAGAACUGCAAUACAAGUUCUUUGAGUGGUGUUAUAAAAUUAUUUAGUAUUGUGCGCAAUGAACAGAAAGAGCUUAAUAUCAGUCCGGUGCAUUCUCUUGGUGUGGCUUUUAAAACGGCAACAUUUGGUAUGGGGUGUUUUUGGGGCGCAGAAUCUUUAUAUGGAGCCACAACAGGAGUGCUGCGAACAACUGUAGGCUAUGCCGGAGGCACUAAGGAAGGACCAACGUACCGUAAUUUGGGUGACCAUACUGAGGUUUUGGAAAUAGACUACGAUCCAAAUGUGAUCUCAUUCAAAGACCUCCUUCAUCUGUUCUGGAACAACCACGAGUAUGGCUUAACUACGCCUAUUAAACGUCAGUAUAUGUCACUGAUUUUAUACCACGACGAGGAGCAAAAGACAAUAGCUGAGCAAUCUAAAAUUGAAGAACAAAUUAAAAGGUCUCCAGAAGUUAUUACAACAGAAAUUCGGGCCAAAACCAAUUUUUACCCUGCUGAAGAUUACCAUCAGAAAUAUCGCCUGCAAGGUCAUCGAGACUUAUGUGACACUCUAAAUCUAAACUCCAAGCUUUUACAAACUUCUUAUGUGGCUACAAAACUCAAUGGCUACUUGGCGGGUGUGGGUGGUUUUGAACAAUUCAAGUCAGAAGUUGACACCAUGGGUUUGACGCCAACACAAAAAGAAUAUUGCAAUUACUACGUGGAAAAGAACGAAGGCCAAGGACUCUACUGCUGACAGAACGCCUGCCGGAAUGGUACUUGCGGGAAGCUAGAUAUAAAGUUAAGAAAGUAUACGUCCUAAAACUGUAUUACAGGCCCCAAACACUAUCUAUCUAUAAGGUCCAAUGUUAAAUGAGAGAAUGUAGUUUAGAUAUAAGUUCAAGAUCAUACCAUGUAUUUUCUUUUGUUCUCCAAAUAUAUUUUGUGAUUGUAGUAUUAUUAUGAUUAAUACUGUAUAUUGUGUAUGCUAUUAAAGGUAUAUAAAAAUUAGACAAA